AUGCCUCGCCCUGCAGCAUCUACCCGCCCUACAGCUCGCCGAAAAGAUCCUGCAUGCGGCACCUGUCGCAAGAAAUGUCGAAAAUGUGAUCGUAAGCGUCCUAUCUGCGAUAGAUGUCGCAUCAAGGGCCUUCCAUGUGAUGGAUAUCCGCCAAGAUUCCAGUUCCAGGAGAACUUGACGGUAUCUCCUGAUACCGACACACCACAGGUCGCGACUCCGGAUAGUACCGUCGAACAGUCGUCAGGGACACAUCAGUUACUCCAAGACUCGUGGUCGGGGUAUGAACGAUUCGAGACGGACUUGUCAUCCUUUUAUGCGGACGAGGUGCCUUUUGAUACUUCGCGCCUCGCUUUGCCAUCGCCUUUAUCUAUAGCUACGCCUGACCUGACACCCGACUUCUCUCCCCCCCAACCUUCACCUAUGCCCAUCAGCUUUACCAGAACAGCAGAUAUCGGGUCUGAUCUCGUGAGUGAUAUCACUACACACCAGCAUAUAAUCAGCCACUUCGAUUUUAUACUAAGCGAGCAACUAUCUAUCCAAGUUACUGGCCUGAGUAAUCCCUUCCGGGAGUAUGUCCUUCCACUAGCUUAUCAGCACCAGGGUGUCCUUCACGCUCUCCUUGGACUGUCUUUAAGUCAUAUGAACAAUAGUGGUCUAUACAAUGAUCAAGGGUUGGAAAGUCUUUCAAUGGGGUAUAGACUAUCUGCGACGCGUUCGGUGGCGUCUCUGGCACAGAAAGAAAAGAUGUCUGGGCUAACACACGUUGAUGAGGAAUACCUGAUGGCUAUGGUGCUGUUACUUGUGCUAAAUGACGUUUGUAUUUCAACUAUUCCAACCAUGGGAGGCCACCUCGACGGCGUGUCAUCCCUCUGCGAAAGGAUCACCCAAGCAGAUACCUCAUCAUGCUCUAAAACAGUAACCUUUCUCAUAUCUGCAUUGGCAUGGUUUGACAUACUUCACGGACUCAUUGGAACCGGACAACUGUUCCUCUCUGAAAAAGUUCGAGAAUAUGUCCACGACCACGAUAGCCCCCAUAUCCAAACUCUAGCUGGUUGUCCACCCGGUCUGUUCUCACAAUUGAGCCGGAUCCUCAGCGCUGGAAAAUCAUAUCUGACCGGAGAUAUUCAAGGCGAAGGAAUUGAGGAAGUACUCGAGACUUCUAAGAGAUUCUUGCAGAGCUGGGACGCUGAACAAGGUGCUUAUCCAACAGUCCAUCAUGAAUGGAGACGGCUUGCAGGAGCUUAUCGACAUGCGUGUCUUCUUCGACUGAUGCGCCUUCCUGAUCCUUUUGCAACCUCGUGCAACGAUCCUCGGAUUCAGUUAUCUGUUGCAGCGAUUCUGGACAUCUGCGCAGUUACGCCCAGAGAUAACGUCUUCUACAAUCGUCUUCUGAUCCCGCUGUUAUUGGCCAGAGCAAAUACCCGCUCACCUCAUCAGAUGCACUACGCCAGUUUAUGCAUCGAGGAUAUCCAGAGGGCUACAGGGUUUCAGUAUCCCGCCAUGACUGAGAUCUGCAAAGGGAAAACGGCAGAGGGAUAUUCAUGGAUCUUCUAA